AACUGUUUGCUUAGAAUCUAGUAGUUUUAUCAUCACAUAAAAACGUUUGGGUGAAGACAUGUGACACUGUACUUUUCAGAAGAUUAUUCUGGAUUAAGAUUGGGCUUUAAUGAAAGAAGGAAAAAAGAUUUCUUUAAGUAGAAAUGAACUCUAUCCAACAGCAGGAGGUUCUGAUCAGGAUGGGAAUGGCAAUAAAAGCAAUGAAGAUAAGCAUCGGAAACGGGUGCUGUUCUGCCACAGAUUGAUUAUAAAUUGAUCACCAAGACAAAGAAUAGACAUUUGGAUAUUUAUGCUCUGGAAAUGCUCACCGGAUGGGAUAAGUUCUUUCUGGUUCUGGCAAUAGCAGAAUUCAUCAUUGGAAUGCUGGGGAAUGUGUUCAUUGGAGUGGUAAACUGCUCCCAGUGGGUCAAGAACCAAAAGGUCUCCUUGGCUGACUUCAUCCUCAUCUGCCUGUCUGUCCUCAGAAUCUUUGAGCUCUUGGUGUUACUGUGUGACACAUUCUUAGUUGGAAUGGACCCAUAUUUAUUUGUCAUGUACAAGGUAGCAAAACCUGUUGCUCUCCUUUGGAGAAUAAGUAACCACUUGGCUACCUGGUUUGCCACCUGCCUAAGCAUAGUCUACUUCCUUAAGGUGGCCCGUUUCUCCUACCCUCUUUUCCUCUGGCUGAAGUGGAGAAUGAACACAAUGGUUUUUGUGCUGCUUCUGCUUUCUUUAUUCUUGCUGAUUUUUGAUAUUCUAACACUAGAUAGAAUUUUUGAUGUAUGGAUAAAUAUCUAUAGAACAGAUAAAAGUAAUCUGACUUUCUAUUUAGAUGAAACUAUCACGCUCUAUAUGAAAGACAUGGCCUUUCUUGGCAUAUCCUGUUUUGUCCCCAUUGCUCUGUCUCUGACCUCCUUGCUCCUUCUGUUUCUGUCCUUGGUGAGACACACUAGAAAUCUGAAGCUCCACUCCACUGGCCAUGGAGACUUCAGCACAGAGGCUCAUAAGCGGGCAAUGAAAAUGGUCAUGUCUUUUUUCUUCCUUUUGGUAGUUCAUUAUUUUUCCCUAGAAGUAGGACUGUGGGCAUAUUCUAUAUUUUGGGCCAAAAAGUACACAAAGUUUGUCAUAUUAACAUUCAGUGUCUUUCCCAUGGGCCACUCCUUUAUUCUGAUUCUGGGAAACCACAAUCUGCGACAGACAGCCUUGGUGGUGCUGGGCCGCCUUAAGGGCCACCUGAAAAGAUUCAGUUCUCUAGUUUUGUAG